GUAAUUUGUGGUAGAAUGACAACUGCGGAUGUGUAUAGAGGGUGUUUGUGUCUGAAAGAAAGGCAGAAGAUCUCCUUGCUGACUGUUCUAAGAUGGUGGCACUUUCGGUGUACCUGAAGCAGCCAAACUUCAUUUACUUGUGUACGUAUCUAUGGUUGUCAACCCUAGCUGUGGCGAAUGCUCAAACUGGAAUAAGAGGUUUCUUUACACACCAAAGCAAAACAAAGACUCAAGAGCCAAUGGAAGUUGCGGCCCUUGGAAGACCCCUGUCUCUUGGUAUGCUUUACGACUGCCGCGAAGACUCCUUCAUUCCAGGUGUUACUCUCUGGGAUGAGAACUCACUACGUAACAAUUUGUACAGUCGUCCACAGCCCCUGACAGAUUUGAAGUUCAGUAGUUCUGACUCUCUUUCUAGUAAGUCCAGCCUCCUGGAUGUAAGUGCUUCUCUGAAGGCCAGCUUCUUGGGAGGGCUGGUGAAUGUGGGAGGAUCUGGCAAGUUCCUGCAUGACACCAAAUCCUCACACCGACAGUCCAGAGUUACAAUGUAUUACAGUGAAACCACAAGAUAUGAACAGCUCACUAUGAGCCAACUGGGCCGGUUCACCUACCCUCAGGUGUUCGACCAGAAAAGUGCAACUCAUGUGGUCACGGCAGUACUGUAUGGAGCUCAGGCUGUCAUGGUGUUUGAUCGGACGAUUUCAGAAGAGGAAAACAAGCAGGAGAUUGAGGGUAAACUGAAUGGCGUGGUCAGGAGCAUCGUUGGACUUUCCAUUGAGGGUGAAGGAUCUGUUAAUAUGAAUGACGAUGACAAGAAAAUUGCUGAGAAUACCAUCUGCACAUUUUAUGGGGACUUCUUACUUGAGCAGAACCCCACCACAUACAUGGAAGCCAUACAGACAUAUAAGACGCUCCCCAAUCUAAUAAAGAACAAUAAAACUAAUGUGGUUCCAAUAAAAGUUUGGCUCCAUCCUCUUCAUCUACUGGACAGUAAAGCAGCUCAGCUGGAGAGAGAAAUCAACACACGUCUGGUUUCCAAAAUUGAAGGUAUAAAUGAGGUGCUAGAAGAAGCAGAGAGGACAUACAAUGACCUGAUCAAAAGUACACUGGUCAAUGCUUUCAGUGACAUCAAAGAGAGGCUAGACCGGUUUAAGGACUCAUUUAACACAUACAAGUCAAUGCUACUGAAAGCAGUCGGCAGGGCCUUGCCUGCUGUUCGAGGAGGAGAUAAGGAGGAGAAGUUUCUGGAAGAAAUCCUGAGGAUCCACAGGAGCUCCCCAUUCAAUGCUGAUAAACUUAACAAGUGGUUAGAUGAUGCAAAGUCUGAACUUCACAUCUUGAGUUCUUACACCAAGUCACUGGAAGGGAUCAAAAUUGCAGACUCUGUCGAUCUCGUUACCACCUUAUUUGAUACUGAUGUUGAUGCAGUGGUGAGCUUGACCUUCACAUCUCUUAAGUAUGAAGAGCCAUAUCUUUCAACCCUGAAGGAGUUUCUGGAAUCUGACAAGUUUAAAGAGCUAGAUGGGAGAACAGAUUUUAGUUCAGAGUGGUUCAGUGAACACAGUGUGAGUUACACUUGGUUUUCUAUGGAACAUGUCACAAAGUGGUUCAAUGAUCCCAAUGUCAGAAGAAAUAUGAGAGAGAACAUGUCUCAAUUCAAGAGGUUUGCAGAAGCCAAUAAAGGUGAAAAGAGAAUCCGCUUAAUUAUUUCUGCCAUCCCCAAUCCCUCCAUUGCCGGCUCCUCUAUCUAUCUGUAUGAAAAAGGGCAACUGACAGACACACAGUUCCAGCCCAUGUCCAAGCCGCCCCCACCAAUAGUGAAGAAUGUCCUGGCCAAAGGUAUGGCCCUGAAACUGCCGAUGUCUUCAACUGGAGAGACAGUGCGGUACAGAUUAGAAUGCAAGCAGGCAGAUUCUGGAGCUGAGCAACCAUGGCUUUCUGUAGAAACACAUAAAAAGGAGUUUAUUCUGGCCGGAUUGGCACCUGGAAAGAAUUACCUGCUCCGCUACAGAACUUUUGAUAAAGUGGGAGUGAGUGAAGCCAGCGAUACUGUCAACACUUCCCCUUUAGCGGAACCUGUGGUUGUGGGUGGGACAGGUGGUGGUGAAUUCUCCUUUACAUCGACUUUGACCGACAGCUUUUACAAGAUCGUCAUAUUUUACUAUGAGGAAGAAUAUUUCUUUACCUCAUCCGUGAAAUCACUGAAAACAAUAGAAGUGGGUUACCGGGAUUCCCAGAUCAUUCGAGCUGGUCGUCGUGAAGGAAAUAAAAAAAAAGAAUUUAUCUUUGACAACACUGAUACAAUCAUCACUGCAACACUGUGGCCAAAUAUAGAUUAUAGCAGACUUGGGGGUCUGGAAUUUGUGGUUGAAAAAAGUAAUGGUGAAAGAAAAACUAUGUCUCUCAAAUGCAGUGAACUUGGUGAGCCUGUGAGUUUAAAUGUUGGAUCAGGGAGAUUGCACGGCAUUAAAGGGAGAAGUGGAGAUGAACUUGAUGCUCUGGGUUUCUAUUUUAUGUAGACCCAAUCUUUAUAAUCUAAUCCAAAUGACAUCUGAACAGCAAUCAUAUACUCUAAACAAGUUAUUUUUUAUAAAAUGUGUACACAGAUAUUAUGAGUAAAAAUAUCAGAUCUGAAUCAACCAGUAAUAUUUUACAUUUUACAUAGUUUCAAAUGUUUUUUUGAUUUCCAGGUAAAUGGAACCAUACACAUAUAACUUCAUUAACAAUUGACAAAUUAAACAUAUAAAAUCUGAGUUAAUCAAUAAAUAGUGAUUGUAUUUGGGGUUUUUCAGGGAGAACAAUGUAUAGCAUUGUAUUCUGUUUAAUUAGUCAUUUAUGUCCAUCUUUCUAUUUCUGUUGUUUAUCAUUUAUUCUGUUUUGUACCUUUGGAAGUACAAAACUCUUGAUAUUCAAUGACAAUAAAGACCUUUUAAAGGGCCUGACACAAUCCUCUCUUGUUUUUUUUUGUUUUUGUUUUUUUAAAGACUAACAACAAGAACAGAAAAAAAGAAACACAAAAACUACAAAUGAGGAUAAAAGUUUGAUUUAGUUCUGUCAUAUGUCUAAAGAAGUUCUCAUUGAGAAUUAUUAGAGGUUUAGAUGUGUAAGACCUGCUCAGACAAAAACUGAGAUCAAGCAUCCUGUAAUAAAACAAUAAAACUCAUCUGGAGAGAAUAGCAUAGGACAACACCUUGCCUUCACAUCUACGGGACGCGACACAACCCCCCCUCCACACACACACACACAAACACACACCUACCCAUCCCCCUGACUCAAGUCACUGAAAGUUCU